AUGUCUUCUCCCACGAUGCUCACAAAAUUCGAAAGCAAGUCCUCGCGAGCGAAGGGCCUUGCUUUCCACCCGACACGACCAUGGCUCCUGGUCUCGCUCCACUCCAGCACAAUUCAGCUGUGGGAUUACCGCAUGGGCACGCUGAUCGACCGAUUCGAAGAACAUGAUGGCCCGGUGCGAUCGGUGGCCUUCCAUCCUACGCAAAACAUCUUUGUCAGUGGUGGUGACGACUAUAAGAUUCGACUUUGGUCGCUGCAGAGCCGGAAGAGCAUUGCGGUUUUGUCAGGUCACCUCGAUUAUGUCCGGACUGUCGCCUUUCACCACGAGCUUCCCUGGAUCCUCUCGUGCUCCGACGACCAGACCAUCAGAAUUUGGAAUUGGCAGAAUCGCAGCUUGAUCGCCACAUUGACUGGACACAACCAUUAUGUUUGGUGUGCGCAAUUCCACCCCAAGGAGGACUUGAUCGUGUCCGCUUCUCUCGACCAGUCGGUGCGUGUGUGGGACAUUUCCGGACUUCGCAAGAAACACUCGGCCCCGACUUCAAUGACCUUUGAAGAGCAAAUGGCUCGCGCGAAUAACCAGGCGGACAUGUUUGGAAACACCGACGCUGUUGUUAAAUUUAUCCUCGAAGGCCACGACAGGGGUGUCAACUUCUGCGCUUUCCACCCAACUCUCCCAUUGAUCGUUUCUGCUGGCGAUGACCGACUUGUGAAAUUGUGGAGAAUGAGUGAUACCAAGGCAUGGGAAGUCGACACGUGCCGCGGCCAUUUCCAAAACGCCUCUGCGGCCAUCUUCCACCCCCAUCAGGAUCUUAUUCUCUCUGUUGGUGAGGAUAAAACUAUUCGUGUCUGGGACCUCAACAAGCGGACUUCGGUGCAGUCGUUCAAGCGGGAUUUGGACAGGUUCUGGAUUAUCGCCGCCCACCCGAAAAUCAAUCUUUUCGCAGCAGGUCACGAUACUGGCGUCAUGGUUUUCAAGCUGGAAAGGGAACGACCAGCAUCCACUAUCCACCAGAACCAGCUCUUCUACAUCACCAAGGAGAAACACGUGAAAUCUUACGAUUUCGGCAAAAACGCAGAAUCACAACCGCUGGUUUCACUUCGCAAGCUUGGCGCACCAUGGGUCCCUAUCAGAACCAUGUCGUACAAUCCGGCCGAGCGUGCCAUUCUUGUUACAACUCCUGCUGACAACGGUACCUACGAAUUGAUCCACUUGCCCCGAGACGGCACCGGAGCUGUUGAGCCGACCAACACCAAACGCGGACCAGGUAACGCGGCAGUGUUCGUUGCCAGAAAUCGAUUUGCCGUCUUCAGCCAAGCCAACCAAACCGUGGACAUCAAAGAUUUGGGCAACUCGACUACGAAAUCUAUCAAGACCCCCACUGGCACUACAGAUAUCUACUUUGGAGGCUCCGGCGCUUUGCUUUUCAUCACGCCUACCACUGUGGUUCUUUUCGAUAUCCAGCAAAAGAAGCAGUUGGCCGAACUUGCUGUCAGUGGUGUCAAGUACGUGGUCUGGUCAAAUGAUGGCCUACAUGCGGCAUUGUUGAGUAAACACAACGUUACUAUUGUGACCAAGAACCUGCAGCAACUCAGCUCCAUUCAUGAAACGAUCCGCAUCAAGAGUGCCACCUGGGACGAUUCCGGCAUUCUAUACUACUCUAGCUUGAACCAUAUCAAGUUUGCUCUAUUGAACGGUGACAACGGCAUUAUCCGCACUCUCGAUCAAACUGUCUACUUGGUGAAGGUCAAGGGACGACAGGUUUACUGCCUUGACCGAAGCGCUAAACCGCAGAUCUUUGACAUCGAUCCCACCGAGUUCCGCUUCAAGAGUGCAUUGGUGAAGAGGAACUACGACGAAAUGCUUCAUCUCAUCAAAACCUCUAGUUUGGUUGGCCAAAGUAUCAUUGCAUAUCUGCAGAAGAAGGGCUAUCCAGAGAUUGCUUUGCAGUUCGUUCAAGAUCCUCAGACUCGCUUUGAAUUGGCCAUCGAAUGCGGCAACUUGGAGGUUGCCAUUGAGACGGCCAAAGAAAUCGAUCGACCCAAGCUCUGGAGCAGAUUGGCUACCGAAGCCCUCGCGCACGGCAACCAUCAAACUGUUGAGAUGACUUAUCAGAAACAGAGAUUGUUUGACAAGCUCUCUUUCUUGUAUUUGUCGACGGGUGACCAAGAAAAGCUUUCUAGAAUGGCCAAGAUUGCAUCUCACAGAUCUGACUUUACAUCCCGAUUCCAAAAUGCCAUCUAUAGAGGCGACAUCGAGGAUAGAAUUGAGAUGUUCAAGGAAGUUGAUCUUUACCCCCUCGCUUAUCUCACUGCCAAAACCCACGGAUUGACGGAAGAAGCUGAAGCAAUCUUGGAAACCUGCGGUCUCACCGAAGACGAGCUCAAAUUGCCUACCAUUGGCGAACCCCUCCAAACCCCCAGGCCUCUUGUUCCCACUUUCAAGGCCAACUGGCCGACGAAGGCUGCGGGCCACUCGGCCUUUGAAAAGGCACUUUUGGGAGAGGUUGGUGCUGAUGAAGAAGCCGGAAUUGAAGCCGAAGAAGAGGAUGAAGAAGCUGCUGCUGCGGGUCCUGAUGUCCUGGAAGAUGAAGAGGAGGAUGUUGGCGGCUGGGAUAUGGGCGAUGAGCUUAACGUCGAAGACGAAAAUGACUUUGUUAACGUUGAAAGUGCCGAUGCUGGGGCUGCCAUCUCGGAGGCCGAUCUCUGGGCGCGAAACUCCCCCUUGGCAGCGGACCAUGUGGCUGCAGGUUCCUUCGACUCGGCAAUGCAGCUCCUCAACCGUCAAGUCGGCGCCGUACAAUUCGCUCCACUCAAGCCAAGAUUUUUGGAAAUUUAUACUGCAUCAAAGACGUAUUUGCCCGCGUCGGUCGGGCUGCCUCCUUUGAUCAAUUACGUCCGGAGAACGGUGGAAGACACAGAUGCGCGCAAGGUUCUGCCUAUCAUCCCUCGCGAUCUUGAGGUUGUCGCAAAUGACGACUUGCAAGAAGGUUAUGCAGCGAUGAGAUCCAACAAGCUUGAGGAAGGAGUCCAAAUCUUCAAACGCAUUCUACACACAUUGCUUGUCAAUGUGGUCUCUUCCGAAAGCGAAGUAGAGCAGGCGAAGAAGAUCAUUACCACUGCGAGGGAAUAUAUCCUUGCAAUGUCGAUUGAGCUUGAGCGCCGUUCCCUGUCGACAGAUACACCGGAAGGUCUGAAGCGAAGCCUCGAACUUUCCGCCUACUUCACGAUUCCCAAGCUUGAAGUUGCUCACCGACAAUUGGCCCUGAUGGCCGCGAUGAAGCUAGCUUUCCAAAACAAGAACUAUUCCUCGGCUUUGAGUUUCGCCAAUAGAAUGAUUGCUAAUGGCGGUUCCGCUAAACUGUUGGAACAGGCCAAGAAGAUUAAAUCUCAGUGUGAGCGCAACCCACACGACAAGAUUGAGGUUGAUUAUGACCAAUUUGCCGAUUUUGAGCUUUGUGCUGCGUCUUAUACACCAAUCUUCACCGGGUCUCCUAGUGUCUCUGAUCCCUUCACUAGAGCCAAAUAUCACGAGCAAUACAAGGGAUCUGUGUGCAGGAUUUCGGAUGUUACGGAAAUUGGGGCACCCUCUAGCGGUCUGCGGCUAUUUGUGUCAGGGUUGUAA